AUUCACACCUCCUAUCCUUAAAUAAAGUUUGACCUCCAAAGUCAAAACCCUAAUCGGAGCCAAGCGUCUUUCUAUAUAAACAGCCAAGCAUAAUACCCCAUAGGCAAUAGUGUACCCCGGGGGCGGCGGACCAGAACACAAAACCCUAAUUCAUACUCAAGGUAGGUAACAAUGGCGGUGCCUCUGCUGGAUAAGAAAAUCAUCAAAAAGAGGGUCAAGAAGUUCAAAAGGCCACAAAGCGAUCGAUUUGUUUCUGUCAAGCCAAGCUGGCGUAGGCCUAAGGGUAUUGAUUCCCGGGUCAGAAGAAAAUUCAAGGGAUCCACCUUGAUGCCCAACAUUGGAUAUGGAUCUGACAAGAAGACUCGUCACUAUCUUCCUAACGGCUUUAAAAAAUUUCUUGUGCACAAUGUGAAGGAGCUUGAGUUGCUGAUGAUGCACAACAGGAUUUACUGUGCGGAAAUUGCCCACAACAUAUCCACAAAAAAGAGGAAAGAAAUUGUAGAACGUGCUGCUCAGCUUGAUGUUGUUGUCACGAACAAGCUUGCUCGGUUGCGUAGCCAGGAGGAUGAAUAAGCGCUCUUAGACCUAGGAAUUUCUGCUUAACUAUCCGGUCAUAAUCUCUGUAAUGCUAUACUUUUCAUGCUUUUUAUGAUGUUAUUAUAAAGCUUACAUACAUUGAGGUUGUUUUCAUCUUAUUUGAGAUGGUUAUUUCACGUGUUCUUGAAAA